AACGCAUGCAUGCAUACUGCAGUGUGUCAAUACUGGAAGAAGUUCGAUGUUCGGCAACAACCAAGGCUCAGGCCUACCAUGACUGGAAACUGCUGGAACUACUGUCCAAAGUUAAGUCAGCUCUAAAAUCUGAAAACAACAUUUAGUUAAUUAAUGUGUCCUGUCUUUCUGGUCCAACUGAAAAAAAUGGCCAAAUCUGUGAAGUACACAGUAUGUGGUGGGAAGCUGUGUGCUUUCCACCUAUAUGUCUCCAGCCUUAGGCCUCGCGCUGUCAGAUUGACUUUCCACAGCAGACAGCACAAGGUCAUCAGAUGAUGACCAGUGGCCGGGGGUGCCCCGCAGUGACUCGCUGUCCAUAUUCAUCCUCAAUACCGACCCAGUUAUCGAGAAGCCUCACCCCCAAGAUAUGCAGCCACAAAAGCUGUUGGCAGGAAACAGGAAGUUUCAGUUUGAGCACACGUGAAGAAGGUACAGCACCACCAUGGCGGCCUACAUGCGAUCUCUCGUGGCAUAUCUGAUGUUGUUUGGUGUAGGUUUCCGAAUGGACGCCGCUACCAUAUCUGGAAUCAUAAACAAUGCCUCUUCUGACAUAACCAGCGAUUAUCUAACCACUGCCGCUCCUGUAAUGACCCAGGCUUACCAAAAUGGAUCCAAAAUCGAGACCACUGCCGCUCCUGACACGAGCCAAGCUUACCAAACUGCCACUACCGUUGGAUCCCAAAUUGAGACCAGUGCAGCUCCUGGAAUGACCCAUACUUACCAAACUGGAUCCAAAACCGACACCACUGCCUCUCCUGAUACAAGCCAAGCAUGCCAAACUUCCACCACCGCUGGAUCCAAAAUCAAGACCACUUCCACUCCCAACAUGAGGCAAGCUUACCAAACUGCCACUAACGCUGGAUCCAAAAUCGAGAUGACUUCCACUUCCGGCACAACUCAUGUUUACCAAAGUGCCACAACCACUGGAUCCAAAAUCGAGACCACUUCCACUCCUGGAAUGACCCAUGUUUACCAAAGUGCCACAACCACUGGAUCCAAAAUCGAGACCACUGCCACUUUCAAAACCGAUCACAUUGUCACAUUCAAAAUCAGCAACACUUCCUCAUCUGAAACGACCACUGCUUCCCAAACUGACACAACUACUCGACCUCAAAUCAUCACCACUGCCGCUUCUGACACAACCUCUGCUUCCUUAGCGUUCACCACUAACACAUCGGUAAUUGACACUAGUGCCAUUUCCCAACCUGACCGCACUGUCACUUUAAAAAUCGGCACGCCCUCCUUGACUGAAACUACAUCUAUUCCCCAAACUGACACUACUGCUGGAUUAAAAAUCGGCACCACUCUUGCUUCUGACACUACUCCUGCCUCCCAAACAGUCACUGUUUCCAGAACCACCACCAUAUAUAGUACCACUAGCAGCGGCACAGGACUAGAGGAGGUGCACAAGCGUAAGGGCCUGAGCUCAGGAAGUAUUGCAGCCAUUCUAUGCACAUUUGGAAUCAUGGCCAUUCUGGUUUUGGGGGGUCUAUACUACAAGUAUCGAUUUGCAGACAACUACGCUAUGAUUGUCGAGAGACCAGCCAUCAACCUUUUGAACUUCAGUAACCCGAUGUAUGACGCUUAAGCCCACUAACUUAAGCCAAGUAACUUCCACGUCCAAAACCUCCCCAAGCCCAAAACUGCAAAAAGUUUUGGAAGUAGACUUUAAAUGUGUGUUUGGUAUUCUUGCAAGUCAUAUAUAUACGACAGAACAACAAAAAUAAUAUGUUUUGCUUUUGAAGGCAGCCUUUUUAUUUAUUACGUGUAGGCUUGUGUAAAAAAAAUAACAAAGGAGAAAAGUAGAGGUAGAAAAAUGUACACGGAAAGGACAAUAUGGGGAAACUAGGGAAAUGACUAAAUGACAUAUAAAGGAUGCAUUCACACGCAGGUAACAAUCAAUAGCCAAGGAAAACUAGUGUAAAUAAGUGAAGUUUAUGGAGAUAUAGUCAAUAAUUGGGGAUAUUUUAUUGCUGAACAUGUUUCCAAAAAGCAUACUGACUCAUAAGCAACACUUGUGACACUCAGGAAGUGUGAUAGGUGAAUGAAAGUGGGGAAGUGGUUUCUUUGUUGUGAGACAUACAUCGCGUGUGUGUGUGUAUAUCUGUGCGUGCGUACGUGUUUGUGAUAAUUAUAAGGAUGACUAUUUGUUCAUGUGGAUAACUGACUCAGCUCUUGGAUUAUUUUCAAUUCAGCAACAUUUUAAAUACAGCCAUUACGAAUCAUAGGUACUACUAAAAACAUGUACUUUACAGUCAUUCAAGUAUCAUACCUCACAGUGUGUAUUUUUAAAGGUGGUUUAAAGCUGAUUGCUUUGACAGGUUAUUUUUAUGUUGUUUCAGAAGGAACAGAUGUUUUAAUAUGGGUAUAAAAUGGGUAUAAUCCACUUCCGGGUGGUGUAAUUGUACUUUGUUUUGCACUUCCUGACUACCAAUAUUAACAGGAAAAUGUACCAAAUCCCCAUUGCUGAUUGGUUCAAACAUUAUCACUUCCUAUUAGUUUGAGAUUUGGUACAUCCCCCUUUCCGGGUGGUGUACUUGGGAUUUGCUGUGCUUUCUAACCACUAAACUAUUGAUCAAUGCUGGCUUGUAUGGGGUGCUUUGCAAGUUUGUUUUUUGUGUGUGAUUUGCUCAGUUUAAAUCAGUAUGCAGAUCAAAAAGAUCCGCUGUGGACAGAUAUAAUGAUGAUAACAAAAAUAGCUCAUAAGAGUUUAAGAGUUGAUAGGCUUGCACGGCGGAAAUUGGCAGGAAAUCUGAGUUUGAUUCCAAUCUCGGCCAUCUCUGUGUGGAGUUUGCGUGGGUUUUCUCCGGGUACUCUGGUUUCCUCCCACGUUCCAAAAACAUGCUAGGUUAAUUGGCGACUCCAAAUUGUCCAUAGGUAUGAAUGUGAGUGUGAAUGGUUGUUUGUCUAUAUGUACUUUUCUACUCAAAAUAAGAUGAAAAAUAAAUAAACAAAUCAAGAAUAAAGAAAAUCAAUCAAUCAGUAAUUAAUAAAUAAAUAUCACAAUAACAAUAAAACAGCAAAUAAUAAAAACUUAAGAAACCACAUAUAGUUGGUGGGUAGACAAAUUAUUUUUUUCAGAUUAAAAUGAACAAAGCAUUAUUAGAGCCCUGUAGACAUGACAAAACACGACUAUAGUCACAUGUAUACUCUUUUUAUUUACAACAUAUUGCGCAACUGCAGGGUCUUGAGACACAUGCUAACUCGCAAACUAGAGAGCUAGCGACCUAAACGGUAGCCUUCAAAUUAUUUCCUUUAAACUUAUAUAGUCAAAAACUUACCACUUCCACACGGAUAGGGAGGAUAACUAUUAACAGUUAUUUAACCUUUAACAUGAACAUUAAUCAAACGUAAUAAUUUUUUCUGGGUACAUGAUACCAUACAGCAUCCAUAUCAAACUUGCGCGGGCCGCACUAACAUCAAACUUUCAUAUCAAGGCGGGGGCCUCAAACUAGUGUCCUGCGGGCCACAUUUGGCCCGUGGGCCGCGUGUUUGAGACCCCUGCUAUAGACGAUAGAAAAUGAAUGAAUGAAUGAAUGAAUAACAACUUCUCUUGCUAAUAAUCAAAAUCACCAAAGUUAUUAUUACAUCAAUAGCCAUAGCAUUACACUGCAAAAAAUGUAACUCAUAUGAGUUGUUUUUUUUGUUGAUAUUCUUAUAUUUGUCCAAAGAAAGGUACCUUUACUU